AUGGGCGACGGAGUUGCUAAGAAGAGAAAGCGCAAUGGCGUGGAAGCUGUCGUUGACGCCAGUGCAAAGCCCAUCAAGUCGAAGAAAGCCAAGAAUCCGCCGCCAGAGAUCGAACCCGAAGAGAAUGAUGAGGACCAGGUUGAUGACGAUAUGAGCGAUGAAGAAGAGGAACAAUCUGCUGAGGAGGGGCCUGAGAUUGGAUCUGACGCUGAGGAUGCCGAGGAUGGCGAUGGUGACGAUGCUGCGGACGACACUGUGGGAGAGCUUCCCACCGACGGUGCUCCGAUAUUACCCCCAACUGCCGAGUCUGAAUUGUUUGACCAGUUGAAACUUUCAGAAAAGACCAUGAAGGCGAUAACUGAGAUGGGCUUUACCAAAAUGACUGCCAUCCAAAGAACUGCUAUUCCACCGCUGCUAGCAGGCAAGGAUGUUCUUGGUGCCGCAAAAACUGGUUCCGGUAAAACACUUGCCUUUCUUAUCCCCGCGAUCGAGAUCCUCAGCGCCCUACGAUUCAAGCCAAGAAACGGCACUGGUGUCAUUGUUGUCUCGCCCACUCGGGAGUUGGCACUUCAGAUCUUCGGCGUUGCCCGCGAGCUCAUGAAGCACCACUCACAGACGUACGGUAUUGUCAUUGGAGGCGCGAAUAGAAAAGCAGAGGCAGAGAAAUUGUCCAAGGGUGUCAACUUGCUGAUUGCCACUCCUGGCCGACUUUUGGAUCACUUGCUCAACACGCCCUUUGUCUUCAAGAACCUCAAAUCCCUGGUUAUCGAUGAAGCGGAUCGAAUUUUGGAAGUUGGUUUCGAGGACGAAAUUCGCCAGAUUGUCAAGGUCCUCUCCAAUGAUAACAGACAGACAAUGUUGUUCUCUGCCACUCAGACCACCAAAGUUGAGGAUCUUGCCAGGAUAUCGUUGCGACCGGGUCCACUCUAUAUAAAUGUCGACGAGGAGAAGCAAUUUAGUACCGUGGACGGCCUCGAACAGGGAUAUGUCCUCUGCGAUGCUGACAAGCGGUUUAUCUUGCUCUUCUCAUUCUUGAGAAGAAUGAAGGCCAAGAAGAAGAAGGUCAUUGUCUUCUUCAGCAGUUGUAACUCUGUCAAGUACUACUCAGAGCUACUCAACUAUAUCGACUGUCCAGUUCUGGAUCUCCACGGCAAACAGAAGCAACAGAAGCGAACGAAUACCUUCUUCGAGUUCAGCAAUGCUGAGCACGGCAUCUUAAUUUGCACUGACGUUGCAGCCCGUGGUCUUGAUAUCCCAGCGGUCGAUUUCAUCGUGCAGUUCGAUCCCCCGGAUAACACGCGGGACUACAUUCACCGUGUUGGUCGUACAGCCCGUGGCGCCAAUACCAAGGGCCGCAGCCUGUUGUUCCUCCAGCCCAACGAAGUCGGCUUCCUUUCACACCUCAAGACUGCGCGUGUGCCCGUUGUCGAGUUCGACUUUCCCACGAAGCAUAUCCAAAAUGUGCAAUCGCAGUUGGAGAAGCUUAUUGGAAAGAACUACUACCUGCAACAGAGUGCCAAAGAGGCAUUCAAGUCAUAUCUUCAUGCUUAUGCUUCCCACAGCCUGAGAUCUGUAUAUGAUGUGAAUAAGUUGGACUUGAAGCGUGUGGCCAAGAGCUUUGGCUUCACAACCCCGCCUCGCGUGGACAUUAAUCUCGGACAGUCAAUGAGCCGGAGCAAGGUGCAGGGCCGAAGGUCAUAUGGCAGCCAACCUCGACAAAAGGUUAGACCAGGUGGCCGUAGAUGA